AAGGUCUGCUUGUCUUGUCUUUUUGUCAAGAACUUUGGGAGGGUGAAGAGCGUUCGCAUAAAUUUAAAAUAAAAUAAAAUGUCUGAAACGCUGCAAUUGAAAGGCACCCUUUUGGGUCAUAACGGAUGGGUUACGCAAAUCGCCACCAAUCCUAAAUACCCAGACAUGAUUUUGUCGUCUUCCAGAGAUAAAACUUUGAUUGUAUGGAAGCUCACGCGGGAAGACAGCCAAUACGGCGUGCCCCAAAAACGCUUGUACGGCCACUCACAUUUUAUUUCGGACGUGGUGCUUUCCAGCGAUGGCAACUACGCGCUGUCAGGUUCGUGGGAUAAAACAUUGCGUUUGUGGGAUUUGGCAGCCGGCAAAACCACCAGGCGAUUCGAAGAUCACACCAAGGAUGUGUUGAGUGUAGCGUUCUCAGUGGAUAACCGUCAAAUCGUAUCUGGAUCGAGGGACAAGACAAUUAAGCUGUGGAACACUUUGGCCGAAUGUAAAUAUACAAUUCAAGACGAUGGCCACACCGACUGGGUGUCUUGCGUGCGUUUCUCGCCGAACCACGCGAACCCUAUCAUUGUGUCAGCGGGCUGGGAUCGUAUGGUGAAAGUGUGGAACCUUACCAACUGUCGUCUGAAGAUCAACCAUUCGGGUCACACCGGUUACCUGAAUACGGUGACGGUAUCGCCCGACGGUAGCCUGUGCGCCAGCGGCGGCAAGGACUGCAAGGCGAUGCUUUGGGAUUUGAACGACGGCAAACACCUGCACACUCUCGACCACAACGACAUCAUCACCGCGUUGUGCUUCUCGCCUAACAGGUACUGGCUCUGCGCAGCGUACGGCCCGUCCAUUAAGAUUUGGGAUUUGGAGAGCAAGGAAAUGGUAGAGGAAUUGGAGCCCAAAGUAGUGAGCCAGUCACAGGGUAGCAAGGCGGAGCCGCCCCAGUGCUUAUCCCUGGCGUGGUCCACCGACGGGCAGACACUAUUCGCAGGGUACUCCGACAACACGAUAAGGGUGUGGCAAGUCAGCGUAUCCGCCCAUUAAUUUUAAUCAAUAUGACUUGUACAUGUUACGAACUUUUUAAUAAAAAAGUUUAAACUUA